GGUCGACGCUCCCUUUCCAACCCGGUAGCACAUGCUUCCACCCUAUCGUUGCCCAUGAUAACACUGAACCACUGAAUUGAAAGCGACAAUAUACCUACCCGCCAAAUGGCGCGCCCUAUGGGGCCCGUUCGUCUACGAAAGACGAACUACGUGACUCUGACGAUUGGCGCUUUUCUGUGUCUCUUCAUUCUCUACUUCAUUGUUUCGGAUGGAUCAGACACGUCAACAUCAACCUCGAGCUCGUCAAAUGGGAAUCAACCACUACUUCGCACACCUGCGCCCGCCCAGGCCAAACUCAUCGGUGAGAGGCCGCCUGUCCGCCGGUUCAACCUCAAUAAUGUUACCAUAACACCCGACCCAAUUGAAAACAGGGAGGUGGUCCUCAUUUUGACCCCCAUGGCCCGAUUCUAUCAGGAAUAUUGGGACAAUCUCAUGAAGCUCGACUACCCUCACGAACUUAUCUCGCUCGGCUUCAUAUUACCGAAGAAUAAAGAGGGCAAUGCUGCAACGGCUGCGCUUCAAGCACAAGUGACUAAGACCCAGAAAGGUCCAUUAAAUGACCGGUUUCGAAGUGUUGUUAUUGAGCGACAGGAUUUCGACCCUCCGAUCAUAUCACAAGACGAGUCAGAGCGCCACAAGAUGGAAAACCAAAAGGUCAGACGCGCCUCCAUGUCGAGAGCGCGUAAUUCGCUGCUGUUCACCACACUCGGCGUCGAAACGUCAUGGGUGCUGUGGCUAGACGCCGAUAUUAUCGAAACACCUCCGUCCUUAAUCCAGGACCUUGCGGCUCAUGACAAGCCUUUGAUUGUGCCCAACUGCUACCAAAGAUAUAUGGACCCAGAAACUGGCAAGCCUGCGGAACGGCCUUACGACUUCAACAGCUGGCAGGAUAGUCCAACUGCCCAAGAGAUUGCUUCUAAGAUGGACCCAGACGACAUCAUUUUGGAGGGAUACCGUGAGAUGGCGACAUAUAGGUCGCUUAUGGCAUACAUGGCCGAUAAGAGUGACGAGAAAGAUGUCGAGGUGCCUCUUGAUGGUGUGGGAGGGACAGCGUUAUUGGUCAAGGCUGACGUUCACCGCGACGGUGCCAUGUUUCCACCUUUCUCAUUCUACAACCUGAUUGAAACCGAGGGAUUUGCCAAAAUGGCCAAGAGGUUAGGCUGGGCCGCCACUGGGCUGCCCAAUUACAAGGUGUAUCACUACAAUGAGUAAACGAUUUUGGCGGGAAUGGUAGCAGUUCGACAUCUGUCUAAACACUGCAUUUUACCCCGCGGAUUUUGAAGUUCCUGUCAAUGACAGAUGAGUAGAACACCCGCCACGCUUCCGAUGUUGAUAGAGCUCGGAAAUCUUUUGUACCAUUUUGUAGCAUUAACGGCGGGAUCUUCCUACUUUAUACCUAGACCAUAACUCCCAUGAGCUAUCUGCCCAGAACUUCCUGCCAAAUUCAGGUACACCAGAAGACCUAGCAGACAUGGAGCAGACACAUUGGGAGGCUACGUACCACAGACGAUGUCUAAGACAUAC